CGGGCAGCCAUGGAGGACGUCACGCUGCACAUCGUGGAGCCCCCGUUCGCGGGGUACGCGGACCCGGCCGAGGCCUCCGAGGUCCCCGCCGCAGGCGCCCCGGCUGCCGAGGAGCCGUCGGGGUCCGGCGCGGAGGAGCUGAUCAAGGCGGACCAGGUGAACGGCGUGCUGGUGCUCAGCCUGCUGGACAAGAUCAUCGGCGCCGUGGACCAGAUCCAGCUGACCCAGGCGCAGCUGGAGGAGCGGCAGGCGGAGAUGGAGGGCGCGGUGCACAGCAUCCAGGCCGAGCUGGCCAAGCUGGGCCGCGCACACGCCGCCGCCGGGGGCACGGUGGGGAAGCUGCUGGACAAGGUGCGCAAGGUCAGCGUGCACGUCAAGACCGUGCGCGGCAGCCUGGAGCGCCAGGCCGCGCAGAUCAAGAGGCUGGAGGCCAACGAGGCCGAGCUGCUGCGGCGCCGCAACUUCAAAGUCAUGAUCUACCAGGACGAGGUGAAACUGCCGGCCAAGCUGAGUGUGAGCAAAUCGCUCAAGGAGGCGGAGGCGCUGCCCGAGGGCGAGGAUGCGGGUGAGGGCGCGCGGCCCGAGGACGAGGAGGACGCGGCGGCGCCCGAGCUGUCCUCCGAUGAGGCGGUGGAGGUGGAGGAGGUGAUCGAGGAGUCGCGCGCGGAGCGGAUCCGGCGCAGCGGCAUGCGGCGCGUGGACGACCUGCGCAAGGCCUUCUCGCGCGAGAAGAUGGAGCGCACGCGCCUGCGCACCAAGGAGAACCUGGAGAAGACGCGCGUGCGCACGCGCGAGAACCUGGAGAAGACGCGACACUCGCUGGAGCGGCGCGUGACCACGCUGGGCGCGCGCCUCGUGCCAGCCGAGCGCCGGGAAAAGCUGCGGUCCUCUCGCGAGAAGCUGCGCAAGUCGUUCACGCCCGACCACGUGGUGUACGCGCGCUCAAAGACGGCGGUCUACAAGGUGCCGCCUUUCACCUUCCACGUCAAGAAGAUCCGCGAGGGUGCGGCCGAGCCGGCCCGUGUCACCGAGAUGGUGCCGGUGGAUGCCGCCGACGACGAGCCCGGGCCCGAGCGCGACGAUGCUGGCGACCUGCUGCGCGCCAGCAGCCCCGACGUGCACGCGCUGCUGGAGAUCAUCGAGGAGUCGGACGCCGUGCUGGUGGACAGAAGCGACAGCGACUGAACCCUGCCCACUGUCUCCUGCCCGCUUGCUCUCUCUGUCGCAUUCUCUCUUUCUCUGCCCGCUCCCGACCUGGCUGAGAUGUUUCUAAAACACCUCCCCUGGGAGGCUGAGGCAGGACGAUCGCCGAGUUCCAGCGCAGCCUGAGCAACGUAGUGACUUAGCGAGGCCUUGUCUCAAAAUACAAAAUAUAAAGGGCUAGGGAUGGAACGCAGUGGGAAGGCCCUGGGUUCAGUCUCCCAUACAGCACCAAAAAAUAAAAGGAAGAAAGAGCCCCUGUGUGGGCGCAGCUGGGUGGAAUGGAGAAGGGAGCAGUCCUCGGCCUUGUUCUCCCCAGCGGGUCCUCACUUGGCCUCCUUCCCGUCCCCAAGGCCGAGGGUCUCUGGGGACCUGGAUCCCCGGAGGUGGGGACACGUGCCCAUGGAGCAGGAGAAGGAAGAGGAGAAGGUGGGCUGGAUGAGGACAGAUGUGAGAAACUCGGGAGAGAAGCCCUGCCUGUCGGGGUUCUCAGGACAGUGAGUGUUUUGGAGGCAGUGGGAGGACCGUAUGAGGAAGGGACGACCUCGACGGGAAGCCCAGCCUGAGGGGACAGCAGGGAGGAUGGGAGAAGGGCAGAAAAGGGGGUCGGGCUAGCCCAGGACAGAGGGAGACACCCGUGACCCGGACCUUCCUGGCCACGGUGUGGAGAGCCUUCCCAGAGCUUGCACCCUAAAGCUGCAGGCCUCGAGGACAUCUGUGCACUUGGGGUGCCUUUCCAGAAACUUGGGGUGGGUGCUGUCUGCAGCCCUCAGCCCCUCAGUCUCAGCCGCAAAGGCCUGUGGGAAGGCAAGACCCCCAGGGAGGGCCAAGCCCCUCCUGUCCCUUCCCGCCCUGCUUUUUUGGGUCACAGCUGAUUGCUGGGGAGAGGGAGGGUGCUGGGGACACGAACCUUUUAUAUACAUGGAGCUUAGCUUUGUUUUUGUUUUUUCUUGUUUUUCUUUCUUGGCCCUGAGUGGUUGGAGGGCAGGGACGUGGUCCCCUGGUGCUGAGGGGCUGAAGGGGCCUGAGCUGUGGCGUGAGCAGCUGCUCCUGUUGCUGGGCCUAUGACAGCCCGACCAAUAAACCUGCUUUUCUAAAAGAA